GGAUAUUCACCAAUUAUUUGACACACUGAAGUUCUGUGAAUAUGGUUCGUCCUUCCCGCCCCAGCGGUCACCGCCACUGUGACAGCUGUUUCAGCCAGUGCUGCAAGGCCCUUGUGGAGAUCUCGGUGUCAUGUGUGCUCAUCCCCUGCCGCCUACAGUGCGGCGCCCUCUUUCACCUGUGCAAAGAGGAGGAGCAUGCGCUACUCUGCCCCAAUGAGAGGGUGCCGUGCUUAAACGCGGGCUUCGGCUGUCCAAUCAGCAUGCCCCGUUCCUGGCUGGCGGCCCACCUGCAGGUCUGUCCAGCCAGCGUGGUGUGCUGCUCCAUGGAGUGGAACCGCUGGCCAGCUGAGGACGCCCAGUCACACAUACAUUCGGCCCUGCAGGAUAACCUAGUGAAGGAAGAGGAGGAGGGGGGAGGACACGGUGAGGCGCUGGACCUGGCCAUGGCUCUGAGAGAUCAGCACCAUUUGUUCCACUCCCUGAAGAUGAAGAAUCUCUUCCCUGAGCUGAUUGAGAGGGUGGAAGUGGAGGAGAGGGAGGAGCAAAGGAGAAGGGAGGGGAGGAGGAGGGAGAAGGAAGAGAAGGAGAGGGAGGCCCUGGAGGCACAGGGAGUGGAUGGAGGACUGUCUUUCCCUAACAGGGUUGGCUGUGUGUCUCCUGCUAAUCGAGGAUGGUAUGGACCCCUACCUGAGAAUAUUCAGGAGACGGUUAGGGAGAGGGACAGAGAGAGGGGGGAGGAGAUAGAGUUGACCCAGGAGGAGAGGGAGGAGCUGGCCAGGGGAAGGGUGGUAGGAUCAGAGGGCCCGGUGGCCUACGUCUGGGAGCGCAUGUUUAACAUGGAGAGGGGAGGCUGCAUGAUAGCUGAGGCUAACCAAGAGGCAGGGGCAAGGGGCAGAGGUCAGGGUCAAGCAUCAGGAGUUAGAGGUCAAGAGAUGGAGUCACAUCAAUCACAGACCCUGACCACCACAGGGACACACGCACUUAAUGACACACACACACACACAGACAAACGCCCCAACCCCCAGUGUGUGGCCUGUCUGGCCGGCACUAAGAAGAAGCAGAUGUAUUACUACAGCCAGCUGGAGCCCAUGAAAAUCAACACAGUGAGGACCUUUAAGAUUCCCACCAGCUUCACAGCCAAACACACACGCAUCAGGAACCCAGGACACCGGAAGAGGGUGGAUACGGCCGUGGACACCAGCGACCUAGGGGUGGAGCCACAGGACAUGCCUAUCUGGGAGGAGGUGCAGGCCAGUCUGCUGUGUUCUCUGGAGAAGGAGCAGAGGGGUCACCUGAUCGCUGAGUCACAGUCCAGCGACGCCCUCCUGAGCGACACAGGGACGCAGACCUACGCCUUCCUGUCAGCUCCGUUCGGUCGUGACACUUCAUUGGCCAGUCUGACGGAGGACCGCCCCCUCCAGCUCCACCUCCAGCUGCAGGCGAAGGGUGUGACAGCCCGACACAACAAGUCUAGCUCCGCCUUCACCUUUCUCUGUGGACACACCUUCCAACGCAGAGAGUUCCCCAAACACUUCAGGAACGUGCACACCGACAUACAGAUGUGUGCUAGUGGCUGGUUUGAGCAGAGGUGUCCCCUAGCCUACCUGGGCUGCACUUACAGCCAGAGGAGGUUCCAGCCCUCCACACACACUGCCACUGUCACCUACAACAAAGAGCUUAGUAGCUUCAGCCUGAGACCCACGGUCCCUGCCUCUCUAAAUGAGGAACCCCAAUACUCCAAGUCCCAGCCUGCUCCAGAACCAGUCUCAAACCUCAGGAGGCGAAGGUCGAGGGGUGGAGGUGGAGGGGACCAGGACUCUCUGAGCACUCUGCCCUAUGAGGUGCUGUACCACAUGGCCAGCUUCCUGGACAGCCUUUCCCUGUCCCAACUGGCCCUGGUGUCCCACCUCAUGAGGGAGGUGUGUUCCUCUCUGCUGCACAACAGGGGGAUGGUCUCCCUACUCUGGGAGAAGAAGACCUAUAAGACUGGCAUGGCCAAGUGGAAGGCCAAGAAGGUGGUGUGGCAGUUCAGUACUCUGUUCUCUCCAGUAGAAGCAUGGUGUUUUGACAACAAUGUACCCUCCAUGUCAGACCACCUGAAGGUGUGCCCUUACUACGAGAUGGAGCCCAGGACCGAGCGUGUGCUCCUGCCUCACAUUGUCAACAACAAAAUUAACACAGACACACAAAGCAACAGCAAAAGUCUGGUCACCCUGUUCCAGAACAAUAUUUGAAUAGUGUUUCAUAAGAUUUAAUAGUGGUUCAUAAGCUUUCAAUAGUAGUUCAUAAGGUUUGAAUAGUGGUUUAUUUGUGCUGCACUUACAAUCCUCUACCCUGAGUGCCAGUCUGUUUGUGCCAUCAUCCUUGUCACUCAUUGUCAUGCCAAACAUAUAUGGCUUGGCAAUAACAGCAAUAGAGUUGGCAAGAGCUUAAACAUAUCUGGGACCAAGUUAGCGAUCUACUUAAAGAGCCACUGAACAUGCUGAUUGGUAUGUGUGUUUUUCUGUUGCUCGUUAGAAAAAUUAGAUUUCAGUCUUGGAAGUGCGUUUCCUGACCGAUUCUGCACUUGGUUAAGGCGGUUUGUCCCCCAUGACACACUGCGGAAGCCUAUUUCACUUCCUCAAAAUCCCCAGAAUAAAUCUAAGAUAACUCAAGAAAUCUGUAAUACAUUUUUACAUUUUUGCUAAGGAUGAUUUAGUUGCGCAAUUCUACAUCUAACUAAGAUGUUUGAUGCAGUAUUUCUCAAGUUUAAAAAAAUGUGCAACGUGUUGUCUUGUGUAAACAAAGUCUCAGCAGCUGGGCAGAUCUGUCUCAUAGUCUAUGCUAUUGUAUAGAGAGCAAUCACCGCAGCUGUUCACCCCAUGUUAGUGGGCAAAUUGACAUCUUCAAAU